CAUCGGGUGAAGUCACAGCUUAUCAUGCAUCCACAUACAUUCUCCAUCUGCUACCGCUUUUUGCCAUUUUUUCCUCUCUUCCUUCUCUAUGAAAACUAGCCUGCCACUCCCCUUCCGAGUAGCUUCAUCUUCCAUUUCUUGUUCACUGAGCUUGCCACCCAAAAUAAGGCGACAGUUACACCAAGCCCGUCAUUUUCGGUUGAGCCAAACCAGCGUGGGGUUGCUGCUUCCCAAAGCUCCGCCGAACAAGUACAAGUAUCCGCCGAUUUUUCAGCACCUUCAGCCGGCGCAAACACAACUUCUUCAUAACAAAUACACCUUAUCCGGAAUCUUCUUCCCCUCCACAAACGUCUCUGGUUACUGUAGACCAUACUCAAUGGCAGCCAAAGCACCAGCAGUCCCUUCCACGGGCACUGUAUCUCCUCCCGAGCUUCCCCUGGAACUUACCCCAAUCGAGGCUUCCAAACGACGUGCAGCAUACAAGGCAGUGGAGGAUCAUUUUGACGUUUCAUACAAAUAUAUUGGCAUUGGAUCUGGGAGUACGGUGGUCUACGUGGUGGAAGCUAUUGCCGCCAAGGGACGUGAUGUCACCUCAAGAAUGGUCUUUAUCCCUACUGGGGACCAAAGCAAGCAAUUGAUCAUCGAAGCUGGUCUACCACUGGGAAGUAUCGAUUCCCUGCCACCGGUCGAUGAGGGACGUCGCCCAAAGUUGGACGGAGUUUCCGCUCUCCAAAUUGCAACAGGCCUCAAAGAUCUAGGGUUGAAGGGAAAGAGGCAGGCUCUAGACGUGGCUUUCGAUGGCGCCGAUGAGAUAGACGAGGAGUUGAACUGCAUCAAAGGUGGUGGUGCAUGCUUAUUCCAGGAAAAAUUGGUAGCAACGGCAGCAAAGAAAUUUAUCUGCGUUGCUGGUAUGUUUUCAAUUCUUCGGAUGUAAUGCAACAAAUGCUCACAUAGAUGCAGAUUCUAGAAAACUCCAGCCACGUCUUCUCACUCAAUGGAAGGCGAUUCCAAUUGAAAUUGCCCCAUUCGCGGCACCGACUAUCAAAAGAAUAUUGAUCACUCUUGGUUCUCCGGAUCCUACCAUUCGUCAAGGCGGUAGCGCAAAAGCUGGACCCGUAGUUACAGAUAACGGAAUGUGGAUAAUGGAUGUCCCAUUUCCUCGUUUAAAGCUCGCCAAAGACCUUCCAGAAGGAGACAUUGGAGAUGGAACGCAUGGUAAUUGGGAGGUUCACCAACUUGGACGUCGACUGAAGAGAAUUGUUGGUGUUUUGGAAUGUGGGCUCUUCCACGGAAGGAACGGUGCCCAAGUUGAGAGUGCUGGAGAAGAAGGUGGUGGCCAGAAACCCGUCGCAGCCUAUUUUGGCAUGGAGAAUGGAGAGGUUGAGGUUCGGACUGCCACAGAAGUAUCUGGGGUAAAGUCAAUACCAUGACCGAUUGACGCAGAUUGCCUUUCCUGACGGGAAGCCCAGUGGGGUAGAAGACCACUACGAUAAGUAUGAUAUAGUGUAAGCUUUUAUAUGUUUAUGCAACAGCUCUUUGCACCUGGUUUUAGGUUCCGUUAUUCAUGCCCUCUGUA